AUGUACUUAAAAGCUAAAGAUGGUGAUGAGUUGUUGCCAGAAGAAGGACCAGAGCCUGGAUCCGAAUGGGUUUUAGUGUUUGAUGGAGUCUUUAAUGCUUAUGGAAGUGGAAUUGGGGCAAUCAUUAUUACUCCUAAGGGUUCUCAUAUCCCUUUCACUGCAAGAUUGAUGUUCGAUUGUACGAAUAGUAAGGCAGAAUAUGAAGCUUGUAUCAUGGGUCUUGAAGAGGCCAUCGAUUUGAGAAUUAAAAUCCUUGAUGUGUAUGGAUAUUCAGCCCUAGUGUUUCAUCAUAUACCUCGUAAAGAGAAUCAGAUGGAAGAUGCUUUGGUUACCUUGUCUUCUAUGUAUAAAGUAAAUUGUUGGAAUGACGCGCCCAAUAUCACGAUUAUUCGCCUUGAUAGACCUUCUCAUGUGUUUGUAGCAGAAGAAGUUACAAUUGAUAAGCCUUGGUAUUAUGAUAUUAAGUAUUUCCUCCAGAGUUAG